UCGCGGCUGCCGACGAUGAGCCGCCGCCUGCUCUGCACCCUCGCCGUGCCCACCGGGACAGCGCUGGCCGCGGGGAUGCAGAUCUUCUGCCAGGCAGAUGAAACCCCAGGUGGGGAAAAAGCCAGCAUGAAGGAGGCAAAGGCAACCAGCACCAAACAGCGGCUGGGCCAAAGGCAGAAACACUCCACAAGGAAGAGCAAGGUAUGUGACCUGAUUGGCUGGUGGGAGAAUGACCUGGGCUCAAAGAUGCUUGUGGACAAGGUUGACAGCCACGGCAUCUUCUCAGGCGAGUACCACACUGCAGUGUCCAGCACCCAAAAACCCAUCGAGCCAUCCCCCCUUGUUGGCACCCAGCACCUGGAUGAGGACGGGCUUUGCACCUUCGGAUUCACUGUCAACUGGAAGUUUUCUGACUCCACUGCUGUCUUUGUGGGCCAGUGCUUUGGUGAGGACAGAGGUGAGGAGGUCCUGCAGACCUCCUGGAUGCUGCGGGAGAAGGUUGACUCCCAACGCAAUGACUGGAAAGCCACAAGGGUGGGACGCAACACCUUCAAGAGGAUGGCCUGAGAGGAGGCUGGAGAGCCUUUGUACUUCAGACUUGGAGAGCCUGAGGCCCCUGAGCACCAGCAU